AGACAUAGAUAACAGGUGAAAGAGUAUCGCAGCCCUAAAAGACAAUGGAGGAGCCCAAACCAGUUAGUGUUAUGAUGUCUCCAUUUGGGAGCAAUACAUCGAUAAUGGCUAAGCAGGAUAACUUACCAAGAGUUCAGACGCUAGCAGAGAGUGAAAUUCAAACGGUUCAUCUUCACUACGUGAGAGCCGAUCUUGAGGCCUCCAAGCCACAUGACACGCAAGUUCCUGUCAUUGAUUGGGACGGCUUGGGUGUCCCGCAUCUACAAGAGGAGACCAUUGCAGCAAUCUCUAACGCUGCACAAAACUGGGGUUCUUUCAGAUCAUCAAUCAUGGAAUCCCAAACUCUCUUCUUUCUUGCAUGCAAGCCGUGGGCAAGGCUUUUUUCGAUCUUCCCCUUGAAGAAAAGGAGUUAUAUAAAAACGAAGAAGCUGGAAGUUAUAUUGGCUAUGGAAGCAAACUGGGAUAUUCCCCAAAUGUCAAAUUGGACUGGGGGGAUUAUUAUUACAACGUCGCUUGGCCUCCUGACAGGAGAAUUGUGUCCAAAUGGCCCAAACAGCCCUCUGAUUUCAUGGAGGUUAUGGACGAAUAUUCGAGAGAGAUAUACAAAUUGUGGGAAGUGCUGAUGCAGGUGCUGAGCAGAGGGUUGGGAAUAGAGGAUGAAAAUUCAUUGAACGAGGUAGUGGGUGGAGACGAGAAAGAAAUGCGCAUCAGGAUUAAUUAUUAUCCACCAUGUCCUCAACCGGAUCUGGUACUCGGGCUGUCUCCUCACUCCGAUCCCAACGUUGUUACAUUUCUUCUGCAAGAUGAAACCCCAGGCCUGCAAAUUCGCAAGGAUGGAAAUUGGGUUGAUGUUCAAAGUGUCCCAGGCGCCCUCAUUGUUAAUAUUGCUGAUGCACUGGAGAUAUUAAGCAAUGGAAGAUACAUAAGUAUCGAGCACAGGAGUGUAGUGAACAAGGAGAAAGCAAGGAUCUCAUGGGCUAUGUUUUGCAAUCCACAGGAUGAAGUGAUUCUGUCGCCUCUUCCAGCAUUGAUCGAUGAAGACCAUCCUGCUGUGUACCAAGGUUCAUCAUGGAAAGAGUAUCUGCAAAGGUUUUUCACCAAAGGACUGGAUGGGAAGGGGUAUAUUCAUCAACUACAACAGUCGUGACUGCUACAUUUGCUCUGCACCAUUUAAUGAGAGUUCCGAACUCCUUGUCAACCGUUCUUAUCGGCAGGCUUAUCUUAAAAGCAUUUAAAAACUUUUUAAAUAUUACUUUCCUUCUAUGAGUUGAAAGAACUGGAUUUUUUUAAAGAAAGUAGAUGGAUGUCAAUUUCCAAAGAAAGUGGAUGUCAAUUUCUUAAGAAAGUGGGUAAUUUAGCUUCUUUAUAUAUUUUGAAGAAUGUGAAUAUUAUUCAUUCAAGAACAAGAAAUUGUAUGAGUUAUUUAUAUAUU